CUACACUGUCCCCCACUCCCAGGGACAGGGGUUUAGAUACAGAGUAAAGCUCCCUCUACACCGUCCCGACUCCGAGGCUGGGAUCCGGGCAAAGUGCCAACAGCUGCCUGGCUCCCACGGCCUUGAAGCCGUGUCUCACCAAUUCCCCCCCUCCCCCCCCGGGGACGGCGAGCGCCUAUAAAAGCCGGUGGUGCCAGCCCCAGGUGCCGCUCAGAGGAAGGAUGGCUCCCGUGGUGCAGCUGGCUCUGACCCUGUGGCUGGCCCUGGGGGCGGUGGCGCAGUGCCCGGAGCCCAGCGCCCUGCGCGAUGUGGGCGGAAUACGGGUUUGCGCCCGCCUCUACGAGGACAGCGACGUGCUCUACGACCGCUGCUGCGGAGGGGGCUACAUGGACAUCCAGAGCCCGGCCGACGUGCCCAGCAUCGAGCGCUUUUGGAACGACCGGGUCUCCUCGCUGGUGGUGGGGCCCCGCUGCGAGCUGACCGUGUGGAACAAACGCAACAAGCGAGGUUACCGCCGCAAGUUCCGCACCGGCGUCCAGUACCGGCUGGAGGAGGUGGGCAAGGGGCUGUUCGGCAACUGGGACGACUCCAUCACGUCCUACUACUGCGUGUGCAACUGAGGAACGGCCGGGCCUGUUCCCCCUCCCCCCCUUUCCCCUCGCUCUCCCCUCCUCCGGCACGUACCCCAAUCAAUCCCGCACCCCCACGAUGGGAAGGUGGGGGGGGGGAAGGGGGUCGGUGGUGGUGGUCGACCCCCUAUCUCCCUCUUCAAAGCUCCACCUUUCCCGUUUCCCCCUCCCCCGUAAAGGGGUGGGCAAAUGGGGAGGGUCGCGGGGAGGGCGCGAGAUGGGGUACGUGUUCUCGUCCACCGCCACGCCCCCCCCCCCCCC